AUGAGAGCAGCAAAAGUAGUUGUGAAGGUGACGGUUGAAGUAGUGUUGGUGGAGAGUAACACGAUUAUAGGUUCUUUUAUUACUGUAAAGCAGUGGAUGGGAUAUACAUUAGUGGAUGUAGUGGAUGUGUUCGUGAAACUUACGGUAACUGUAGACGUAGUGACAAUUGUAGUUGGUGCCGCGACGGUAUGGCAUUGCGUAGCAGAUGUUGGUAAUGAGAAAAAAAAUACAUCAAAAUAA